AAAAACAAAAAAGUAGCGAUCUCGGGGAAUCAUUAAAAGCAAAGAAACCAGCGACGUCGCCGAUAUAUAAACAAAUAACCAUUGAAGCGGUAAGGGAUUUAACAAUUAUGAAAACUGAUGUCAGAAAAUCGAUGGGAGCCAUUAUGUUUCUCGUCACACUAGUAAUCGUCAUAAGAGCUACGAAUGUAAAAAGCAUGACAUGUGACUACGAAGAAAAAAACAGAUGCACCCAGAAUUGUGUUCAAAAAGAUGAAUGCAGUCAAGUAUGCCACAAAAGCACCUGCUUCCAGAGCUGCAACUCUGCAAAGUUUUGCAAUUUGACAUGCAGUGGACAGACAUGUCAACAGAAUUGCAAUUCUGGCGCUUGUAAUCUAAUUUGCAGUGGGCGAAGUUGUACACAGUUUUGCAAUGCUCAGAGUUCAUGCCGUCUUACUUGCAAUGGAACAAGCUGCAGGCAAAUAUGCAACGCAAAAGAGUGCCAAAUUAAAUGUUUGAGUAAAGGGGGAUGCAAUGCCAGUUGUAGUUCUAGUUGUAUCCUAUAUCAGCCUACUACACAGGCGGCGAAAACCGAGGCCUCUUCAACUGAUGGAUCUACCAAAAAGGCUGUAGCAACUGAUGUCACUACUCCUCAAGGAGAAUUUAUCCAAGGUUCUACAACUUCUCAUAUUCUAGUUAAGACCACAGAGAGUAAGUAA